AUGGAUCACCGCCCACAAGCUUGGGGUCGGCCUCGCGACGACGUCUACGGGGCAUAUGAUGCCUCGUACCUGACCAGCUCUGGUCCGAAGCAGGCCACACAGUCGCCCAUCGUGACGGGCACAUCGGUAGUAGCGCUCAAGUUCAACGGCGGUGUUGUCAUGGCAGCCGACAAUCUUGCCUCGUACGGCUCGCUCGCACGGUUCAACAGCACGCUGCGGCUGCGGUCGUUUGCCAACACGUCGGUCAUUGGCUUCAGCGGCGACGUGUCGGACAUGCAGUACCUCGACCGUCAUCUGACCGAGCUCGCCAUCGACGAGACAUACGACAACCCGGCGCCGAGCGCGGAGGAGCGCCAGGACGACGACGGCGAGAUAAAACGGAGCAGCACCCUCAACGCCGCCAACCUGCACAAGUACCUCGCCAAGCUGAUGUACCAGCGCCGCAACAAGUUCGACCCGCUCUGGAACCAGCUGCUGGUCGCCGGCCUCGACGACGAGAGCAAGCCGUUUCUCGCCUGUGCCGAUCUGCGUGGCACCACGUACUCGGCCCCCAGCUUGGCUACUGGCUACGGCUCCGCUCUCGCCCAGCCCAUCAUGCGCCGCUACGCCGAGACGGACGAGCAGACCGCCAAGCUCACCCGCGAACAGGCCGUCGACAUUGUCCGCGAGUGCAUGAAGGUCCUCUACUACCGCGACGCCCGCAGUCUCGACACCUACAGCCUGGCCAUUGUCACGGCUGCCGGCGUCGACAUCAGCACGUCCGAGAAGCUCGAGGCCCAGAGCUGGGCUUUUGCAGACCGUAUCCGCGGAUACGGCACGCAGGUUGUGUAG